AUGACACGCAGACUACAAGUAAACCUGAAUAGGUGCGCCUUGGCGCAAAACCUGCUGCGCCAGCGUGUCUUUGAAGAUAAAAUUGACGUCUGCUAUAUCUGCGAGCAAUAUCUAAUCAUCGAAGGUAAAACAUGGUUCGCAGACGAAACUGGCACGGCACCAAUUUGGAUUGUGAACACAAAGAACGUUACCCGGAAGUGGAAUGCCAAGAGGCUUAAUCCAGAGGCAUUGCGAGCUUCACUUGCACGAAGCUGGUCUAUCCUUCAGAACAACCCGACUCCGGAUACCUGCAGCGAGACGGAAAAGGCAGUGCUAAAUACGAUGAAGGAGAUUGCUGCCGCAUGUGACGCCUCUAUGCCGCGGCUGAAAAAUCAGAGUUUCCACAGGCCAGCGUACUGGUGGUCAACAAACAUAGCCGAACUUCGCAAAAUAUGCCAUCAGCUACGUCGCCGCGCAACGAGAGCCGCAAAACGCUCCCCAAGCCAGGACGUAUUCAAAAGAGUACAAGCAGUCCAAAAAGACGCUAAACCGAGCCAUCAAAGCAAGAAAAGUGAUGUUGUGGAAAGAGAUCUGUAA